AAACUCUUUGCUUUGACGACAGUAUACUUCUGUAAUUUUAAAUCUCAGUAACUUUCUUAUUAUCUAUCUUAGUGAAAUACCGACGUGUGUAGCUUUAACUGCUUAAAUGCGCAUGCGAUUAUUUUUGUGUUGCUGAAGGCGUGUCGCGCAUAAUGCUUAGAGCUCUCAUGUGAUUUAUAUUGUCUUCACUAAGAUUAUAUCAAUGACAGAUGGCUGGACAAAACUCUGAAAUCGAGCUUGAUUUGAUCAAAACUGAAGAGAGAAGCUCUUUUGUAAAAGCUGGAGCGGAGGUGUCCAGCAAAGCAACUGGGAGGCUCUCACCCAUUCCUGAGCUGGAUCCCUGGGAGAGAGAAGCAGACACGGACUCUACAGAAUUCACUUACUCCUUAUGCUCAGUGGACAGGUACAGCACGGCCGGCUCCUCCAGCAGCUCCCUGUCUGACUCCCAGGAGAGAGGAGAGCUCUGUGCUGGGAUUGUACUGAAUUGUCUCUUCUGCCGAUUCUAUGACCUGUUCCUCAUGCUACCUGAAACAUGCGAGCGAGCUGCUAUCUCCAUCUGCCCUACCUACAUGCUUUUCUCUCCACCUGCGGAACCUGCGCACACCAACUGGAACUGCAGUUGUGAUUUUGACUGUGGACUUAGGGACAUCUGCCAUGAAACAGGGGAAUGCCUUGAGCUAGCGAUGGAAAUUUCGGAGGUUUGCUAUCGCUAAGGUGCCUGCAAAACUGAAGACGUCAAAGUUGCUUCGUUGGAAGAACACUUUACAAUUUCGUGUCACUUUGCAAAUUUUGUAUCAAAGAACACUACAGUCUAUGCCAAAGCAAGCUAAUAGAUGCCCAUUUAGAGCUAGAAUAAUCACAUUAAAAAUAUAUAAACAUAAACAUGACAUUUAAAGCUACUAUAAGUGAUUUCACAUGAAAUUGCUACUUUUCCCAUCUUCCAUAGUCCGACCCCUAAAGUCACGUCAUUGGUUGAAGUGGUAGAGAAGCG